UUCUGUCUCUCUCUCUUCUUUGAACGGAGAAGAGAACACAAGAACGCUCUGAAUGUUAACGAAGCUAGAGAACAGGCAAAAUUACCACCUGUUUCUCUCUCCAGAUAUUCCUCCACUCCACUUUCCCUCCUUCCUUCUCCGAGCAGGAAGGGAGGUAGGUUCUCACCAACUCUUUCUUCUUAAUUCUCAUCUUAUAUCCUUCACAACUCCUCCGAUUCUCCCAUCACCAACGAAGAAGGAGGUGAUCAUCAUUCAUUGCAUUCUCUUUCUUUAAUCAUUUCAAUUGUUUCCGUCCUUGUUAAUUUCAACUGUUUAAUUUGUUUCUUCAGCUACGUAAGUACGUCUAUACACACAACAACAACGAUAAGGAUGAUGGAUGAUUGGAUGAAUUGGCGAGUCGUCGAUCAGAUUCAGGUAAAAUCAAAAUCUCUUUAAAUUUCAACGAAUGUCGAUAAUUCUAUAGAGUGGAUUUUCACUGCGUGAGGGAGAGGAGAGGAGAGGAAAGGAGAGGAGAGUGUGGAUAUGGAUAAUUCGACGGAAGGUGUUCGAUCUUCUGCAAACGUCGUGAGAUGCUUCGAUGGAUUGAACGGUUGUUGCUCGAUGAUGCAUAGAUCUUAUUCAGGGACCUGGCUUCGAUCUGUCAAGAGAAGAACAGAUGAAUUCGAGCAAGAGGAUGAUAUUAUUAAUCUUAAUAAUAAUAAUAAUACGGUUUCCAUUCCGGAUCUCGCUUUCUCGGACGUUGCUCGUGUUGAGGUCGCGAACGAAUGCAUCGCAUUGAGAGAGAUGGUUAGUAAUCAGCAAAAGACGAUUCAAGAUCUCACACUAGAAAUUGAAGAGGAAAGGAACGCCUCUUCGUCCGCUGCUAAUGAGGCAAUGUCGAUGAUUCUACGGUUGCAGAGGGAGAAGGCCGAGAUUCAAAUGGAAGCUCGUCAGUUCAAGCGUUUCACGGAAGAGAAAAUUUCUCAUGAUUUACAAGAGCUUUCUGCAAUGGAGGAAUGUUUGUAUAAGAGAGAUCAAGCAGUUCAAUCUCUAAAUUGUGAGGUUCAAGCCUAUAAACACAGGUUGAUGAGUUUCGGUCUUACGGAAUCCGAAGCCGACGAUACUGCAGAUCUCAUUUCCAUCGACGAUUAUCCGCCUCUCAAAUGCAGUAACAACGAAACUCGAUCAUGCUCGGAAAUCGAAUACGACGUAACCGACAUCGACAAAUACGCAUUCGGAGAAACUCCAAGAACACCAAAGGAUUUUGAAUUCAAGAUGAGUCAAUUCGAAAGAAGUCCUAAAAACGCAAGACGACCUCGUCAUUUCAGGAGAAUCUCAACAGGGAGUUCAAACUCUUUAAUCGCGUCAAUCAAAGAGAUGAAUGCAGAUUUCAACAUGGAUUCUUCUUCAUCACCUAGAUUUCGAAAAAUGGGAAGUAUGACGAAGAGCAAUACAAUGUCGAAUUUGGGAAAAGCCGUGAGUUCAACGAAGACGUCAGAUAUUGGUGAUGAAGAUGAUAUGAGUGAUAGAGUAUAUACAAUAGACUCAAUCAAUGUUUCUUCUUCAGAAACUCCCAAGGCUGCUGCUACGGCUGUUGCUGCGGCUAAUGAAGUGGUUGUUUUCGAUGAUGAUUACGCGAAGAAGACGAAGGAAUGUGGUGAGUAUGAAGGUAGUACUAAUGAUCCAGAGAUAAAGAAGCUGUAUGUGAGGCUUCAGGAACUGGAAGCUGAUAGAGAAUCGAUGAGACAGUCAAUAUUAUCAAUGAGGACUGAUAAAGCACAAUUGGUUCUGUUGAAGGAAGUUGCUCAGCAUCUGUGUAAAGAUAUGUCUCCUUCUGCUAGAACCAUGGCUGCUUCAAAACAAUCUCAGGUUCAUGGAUCUUCAUUCAAAUCCAUAUUCAAGUGGAUUGCGUGUUUCAUUACUUGGAGGAAACAAGCUCGUCGCAGCAAGUACAAUUUUGGAAGUUCGAACAAGAAUGCGGUUGGUUUAUUGGCACUUCUCGAGAAAGCAAAUGUCCCACGAGCAGAACAUCGAAGAUACACACGACUAAUCACUCAACAUUUAGGGUCUAUAUGAGCCUUAUCAUAUUGAUUUUUAAAAUACCAAAAUUCCCGAAUUGACCUCAUGUGAAAACCCCCCAUUCAAUAGACAAACCCACCCAAUUGUCUCAAACAUUAAUAUGAUCUGAUCUGUAAUCAAACCCAAAAUAUAAAAGAAAAAAAAUAGAGAAAAUAUACCUUUUAAAAUAGGCUCGACCAUUUUUACUGUCUCAUUUACACUU